AUCAAAAAAUAUUGUGAAUUGUUCGGAUAGAAUACUACAUUAUCAAAAUGCAAAUUUUUAUUUUGGGUAUAAAAAUUCAAAACUUUUGUUUUGAUUUUAUAUAAACCCCAUUGCCGCUAAUUCUCCUUGCGCACUCUCCAGUAUCCAGUCCCUAUCCCUCCCAAAUCAAAUUACGAAGGCAUACAGUUUUCAGAUUUCUGCAGUCAAACUCCCUACUCCAUCCAGCACGCCCCUACAGGUCCAAAAUUGUCAUCUUUUGGCUGAGAUUGAGACCUCAUUCUAAUCCCUAUCACCGAGUUCCCUCAUUUUGGGGUUGUGCUUGACCUAUUUGUUCUUUAAUUUGCGUCUAUACAAGCAGCUUCGAUUAUGGCCUGUCCGAGAGACAGAUUCAGUGAACUUCCGGCUCAUAUACUUGACAAGAUUCUGAGAUUGUUGUCAAUUCUACAAGCAGCUAGAAUGGCUGUUUUGUCGACUCUUUGGAGAGAUUCGUGGUUCAGUCUUUCAGAACUCGUCUUUAAUGAAUACUUCUUUUCUCACAUUCGGAACAAGUAUGUCUUGUACUAUGCUAAUAGUGGUAUCAGGGACAAGAAAGUAAUAUAUGACAAUGAAAGCAUCGAUAUUUUAGUCUCUGUGAGUUUGUAUGUGAUCACUAGAGUUCUCAUGCAUCACAGAGGGCCUAUACGCAAUUUUAGCUUUAUAUUCUCUGGUUAUGAGGCAGGAGCACUCAGAUCACGAUUAUUUGACAUUGAUCAAUGGCUCUCUUUUGUCACACAAAACGGAGUUGAAGAAAUUCACCUUAGUCUUGAUCAAGAAGAUGGGUUCUUACUGCCAGAUUGCAUCUUUUCCUGCCCAACACUCAGGAGGUUGCAUCUUUCUGGAACCGCUUAUGACACAGCGAAUGCCCCUUGCGUACUCCUAAAUUUCACUGAACUUCGUUUUAUGAAUGUUCGCUUUGAGCCUAUAGAUCUUCUAAAUAAUAAAAUUAAUGCUCCCAUGCUUGAGGAUCUCUCGUUUUAUGCAUGCGACCAAACCAUGUUCUAUUUUAAUGUAACAGCUCCGAAACUUUGCAUGUUAACCAUUCAAAGUUGCUCCUAUAGACAAAACAUUGCCAAUCUCCCAGUUAAUCUGAGCUUGCGGAAUGCCCGUACUCUUGUUUUGGAUCCUUAUUCAAUCAUCAAUUUUUUCGAACCCUUCAUUAGAAGGGGGAAGCUGCUACAACCACGUGAACUAAAUGUGGAAUGCCUAGUGCUGUGUGAAGACCCAUUAGGUUGCGACAUAGAUGAUCGCUUCUCAGUAUCCGGUGAUAUUUCUUCUGCAUUCAUUCAUUUGCUGGAAGUAUGCCCAAAAUUGCGCGAGAUUCACAUACAAGCAUGGUUUCUCGAAGCGAUGUAUGAGUGCUUGAAGACACGGUCAAAACUUUCCAAGGAACUUUAUCGUGUGGCUCAAACGCUCAACUCUCUUCACACUCUGAGUUUGAGUUAUGAUGACAUUUUCAUAACUUCGUCCGAGGAUUCACUUCUUUGGGUCGAAGGGCUACUUUCCUCCUUUCCAACACUUGAGAAGUUCAUCGUAGGAGGACGGGACAUUAGUCUCAAGACUGUUCAGAAGUUCUUGCGUUUUCCCCGUGCCUCCCCAAAAGUUGAAAUACUUUUCACAUGUUGUAUGUAAUUGUUAGUUUGAAUGUCCCCUUAACCUUUCAAGUCCUUUUGGGUUCCGCAGUUAUGCUCCCUUCUCCAGCAAACCGUACAGGUUAGUGGA